AUGCGAGCCAAGCUCUUGGGUGAUGAACCAUCUGAAAAAGUACACGGAUAUUUGGAGACAACUGAUAUUAAUGGAAAAAUCACCUUUGAAGUGUCCUCCACCCCAGCUGGGGAGAAGGUCCAUGCCGGGAUAGGGCUCCCACCAGGACAAAAAUGCAAAGCUGCCUUUUGCAAACACCGCCGGCUCCGAGUGAGGCGGGAGGGUGUGCUGAGUUCGUCGCCUUCCGGAGUGUUUGAGAAAGAAUAUGACAUUUAUCGGGAUUACAGUGCAGAAGGUCAACUCCUCCACUACAGGACGUCGUCCCUGCGAUGGAACGCGGGCACCAAGGAGCGGAUGCUGAUCAAGGUGACCGACCGCGAGCCCAGCUUCCUCAUGCACCAAGGCAACGGCUACGCGCCUGAAAACCAACCGGGCACCCGUUCGCGGCGACCUUCGGGGGGCCAACAGUCGCCCAACUUACAAACCUUCGCCCCCGACACUGACAACUCUGUUUUCUUCCCGGAGAGGAAGCAGUCGCCCUUCUUGAAGAGGGCUGAGCACGUGGGCAGCUGCUCACCGCUGCUCGGCCGGGGGGACUCCUUCUGCUCCCCGCUCCAAGCCCAGCACCGCAAGCACUCCAGCGAGUCACAACCCUCCUCGCCCCGCUACGCCUACGAGCCCCCGCUCUAUGAGGAACCCCCCAUGGAGUACCAGGCUCCCAUCUAUGAUGAGCCCCCCGUGGACAUGCAGUAUGAAGCCAGCGGGAGCUACAAAGCCGGCUCGCCACAGAAAUCACCCAUCCGUAAACCUCACCCCUUCCUGCAGUCGCCCAAACAAGGCUCCAACUCGCCCUACCAGCAGUUGGUGCUCACCAAACAGAAGUGUCCUGACCGGUUCAUGAGCCUGGAGUACAGCCCAGCCGGCAAGGAGUACGUCAGGCAACUGGUCUACGUCGAGCAGUCGGGCUCCAGCCCCAAGAUGAAAACGGGGUUGAGGCACAAAUAUUCCCCCAACCCCAUCGGCGGCUCCUACUCGCUGCAGCACAGCCCCUGCCUGGUCCGGGACCAACGUUUAGAGAUCAAAUCAGGUGACUACAGCAGCAUGGAAGGACCCGACUUCUGCCCUGGCCCAACCAGUGGCCAGGUGGCCCAGGGUGAGGACUCCAUGUCAUGGUCCAGCCAACAGGACACCUUGUCCUCCACCGGCUACUCACCCUCCACCAGAAAGAGGAAAAGCCGAAAGCCUUCCCUAUCCCACGACCCCAACGCCUCCUCCACGGAUGGCUCAGGGGACCGGGAGGUGUUGGGCGAGCAGAUGCUGGGGGAGGAACGAGCCACCCCGGGACCCAACAGGUCACCGAUGAACCGUACGGAGAGCAAGGCGGCGGAGGCGGAGGCGGCACGGGGCUUCCCCGAGCCCUUCCUGGCACAGGCACGCCUGGCUUGGGAAGCCCAGCAAGCCCACUACCACAUGAAACAACGGAGCAGUUGGGAUUCCCAAAAGGACGGUUCGGGCUACGAGAGUGACGGCGCCCUCCCUUUGCCCAUGCCGGGUCCGGUGGUGCGAGCCUUCAGCGAGGACGAGGCCUUGGCGCAGCAGGACAACAAGCACUGGAAGAGGAACACCUUCGAGAAGCUGGGCUUCCCCCAGAUCCUGCUGGAGAAGAGCGUCUCCGUGCAGACCAACCUGGCCUCCCCCGAGCCCUACCUGCAUCCAUCUCAGUCGGAGGAUCUCGGUGCCUGCGCCCAGUUCGAGAGCAGCAGACAGACCAGGAACAUGAUGCCUAGUGCCAGCUGUGUCUUCCCCACCUUCAACCUGCGGAAGCCCUCCUCGGAGACGGACAUUGAGAACUGGGCCUCCAAGCACUUCAACAAGCACACCCAAGGGCUCUUCCGCAGGAAGGUGUCCAUCGCCAACAUGCUGGCCUGGAGCAGCGAGUCCAUCAAGAAACCCAUGAUCAUGACCAACGACCGCAACGUCAAGAAAGAGGCGUGCGAGAUAUUUAAACUGAUUCAGAUGUACAUGGGGGACCGACGGGCCAAGACGGACCAGCUCAACGUGGCCUUGGAGAUCGCCACCAAAGGCUGGAGCAUGCAGGGUCUGAGAGACGAGCUCUACAUCCAGCUGUGCCGGCAGACCACUGAGAACUUCCGUUACGAGAGCCUGGCCCGGGGCUGGGAGCUCAUGGCCAUUUGUUUGGCCUUUUUCCCACCCACUCCCAAAUUUCAUUCCUACCUAGAAGGAUAUAUUUACAGGCACAUGGAUCCGGUGAAUGACACUAAAGGGGUGGCAAUAAGCACUUACGCCAAGUACUGCUACAACAAGCUGCAGAAGGCAGCUCUGACGGGAGCCAAGAAGGGCUUGAAGAAACCGAACAUCGAGGAGAUCCGCCACGCCAAGAACGCCGUCUUCAACCCUUCCAUGUUCGGCAGCUCCCUGCAGGACAUCAUCACCAUGCAGAAGGAGCGGUACCCCGACCGGCAGCUGCCCUGGGUGCAGACCCGCCUCUCCGAGGAGGUCCUGGCGCUCAACGGGGACCAGACCGAGGGCAUCUUCAGAGUCCCCGGUGACAUUGACGAGGUCAACGCCCUCAAGCUGCAGGUGGACCAGUGGAAGAUCCCCACCGGCUUGGAGGACCCCCACGUUCCCGCCUCCCUGCUGAAACUCUGGUACCGGGAGCUGGAGGAGCCGCUGAUCCCCCACGAGUUUUAUGAGCAGUGCAUCACCCACUACGAGAACCCCGAGGCGGCCAUCGCUGUCGUCCACUCUCUGCCCAGGAUCAACAAAAUGGUGCUGUGCUACCUCAUCCGCUUCCUACAGGUGUUCGUGCAGCCGGCCAAUGUGGCCGUCACCAAGAUGGACGUCAAUAACCUGGCCAUGGUGAUGGCCCCCAACUGCCUGCGCUGCCAAUCGGACGACCCGCGGAUCAUCUUCGAGAACACCCGCAAGGAGAUGUCCUUCAUCCGGGUGCUCAUCCAGCACCUCGACACCAGCUUCAUGGAGGGCGUCCUAUAGCAGCCGCCACCAAGGG